UUCAUAGUUUAAACAACAUUUAACGACGACAUGGCCGGCACUGAGGACUUAGGCAUUAACGCCCUGGUCUACGAUUAUCUGCUAAAGAAAGACUCGAGUCUCGCCAAGGUUUUCCAAAAGAAGACGAACGCGCCUGCACUUGCCAAAGGAUGUCCAUCGAUAGCAGAGGUUUUUAGUCAUUAUCAGAAAACUUCAGCCAAAAAAGUUUCCGUAAAAAGUGUUAAACAGAGUAAUGGCUCGACCUCGAGCUCUGAAGAAAGUGAUGACGAAGAGCCCAAAAAGACUGCUCUUGUCAAUGGCAAAGGCCCAGCAAAGCAGCCCGUUGUUGCUAAGAAGGCACAAUCAUCGGACGAUUCCUCAGACGAUUCAAGUAGUGACGCUAAAACACCGGCAAAGCCUCCAGCUAAGGCUCCAGCCAAAGCUGUAGCCAAAAAAGCCUCAUCUUCAGAUGACGAUUCUUCCAGUGAAGAUGAAAAGCCAAAAUCCAAAGCUCCUGUCAAACCGGCAGCUGUGCCAGCAAAGACUCCUGUCAAGCCCGCUGCUGCGCCGGUAAAAACCCCAGCUAAGGCACCUGCAAAGAAGGAAUCAUCUUCUGAGGAGGAUUCUUCGAGCGAAGAUGAAAAACCAGCACCCAAAGCUAAGGCUGCCAAAACUGCAACUACCAAGGCUGUUGCUGCCACCCCAGCUAAGGCUGCAGUAACUAAACAAUCCUCUUCCGACGAUUCUUCUAGCGAAGAUGAGAAGCCAACUCCAAAAGUAGCUGCCAAACCAACACCGGCAAAAACUACAGCAAAGGCAGCAGCAAAGAAAGAAUCAUCCUCGGACGAUUCGUCAAGCGAAGAUGAAAAACCUGCAGCCAAGACCCCAGUCAAGCCUGCUGCGGUGCCAGCAACAAAAGUGAAACCAGCAGCCAAAACCCCGGCAAAGAAAGAAUCGUCCAGUGAUGACGAUUCUUCGGAUGAAGAAGCCAAGCCUGUGGCAAAAACACCUGUUAAACCAGUUGUUGCUGCCAAAGCUACUCCUGCGAAGCCCGUUGCCAAAAAAGAAUCUUCUUCCGAUGAUGAUUCCUCGGAAGAGGAGAAAUCACCGAAAAAAUCUGCUCCGAAAGCGGUGAUAAAACCCGCCGCAAAACCACCGGCUAAAAAAGAAUCGUCUAGUGAAGACGACAGCAGUGAUGAAAAUGAACCUCCUGCGAAAAAAGUUGCCGCAAAGCCAGCAAAGAAAAAAUCCUCAAGUGAAGACUCAAGCGACGAUUCGGACGAAAAACAAGCUAAACCCGUGAAAGCGGCAGCAGCAAAAGCCACGCCUGCAAAGGCACCAGCAAAGGAAUCAUCAGACGAUGACUCUUCAGAUGAUUCUGAAGAAAAGCAACCAGCAGUCAAAACUCCAGCUAAGGUUGCCAAAAAGUCUAAGAAAAAAAAAAAGUCGAGCGAUGAUGAUGAUUCCAGUGAAGAACAAGAAGUAAAAGCUGAAAAGGUGACCUCGCCGAAGAAAAAUGAGAAAAAAAGAAAACACAGGGACGAAGAGGAAGAAGCUGAACAGCCAGCGGCUAAAGCCCACAAAAACAACUACAGCAACUUUGUAAAAGGUGGUCAAGAAAAUGGUGAAAAGAAGAACGUACCAUUCAGACGAGUUAAAGAUGAUGAAAUAGAGUUGGAUCCUAGGCUGGCAAAUAACUCAUUUGAGGCAAAGAAAAAUUCAAGAGGCUCAUGGGGAGAAAAAGCAAACUUAGAUUUAAAAUAUACGAGAGGUAAAUCUUUUCGACACGAAAAGACCAAGAAGAAGCGUGGCAGUUAUCGAGGCGGACAGAUAGACACGAGUGUAAAUUCCAUCAAAUUUGACGAUUAAGUCUCGCAACGUGCUAAUGAAUAAGUAUAGUAUUUUUAAUUGCGCCAUAUCUAUAGUUUAUUGUGGAAAUUCAUAUAUUUUAUUCACUCCAACAACACUCGAUGAAUUUUCGUUCUUAUUUUCACAAGUUAACUAACUCCUGUUCAUAUCUCUUGUAGUUUCUUAAUCUUCAUGUAUUAAUUUUUUUAUCAUAUCGUAGUGUCUCAAUUCUUUGACCUCAAAAUAUUAAAUUAUAUUGAAAGGUGAAAAACGAAUUUCAUCAAUAUUUUUUAAUGAUUAAGGUUAUAUUUAAUUGUUCCAAAAUAUUGACGGUACAUUGUACAGAUUACAUGUUGCGACUUUGUCCAAACAAAUAACUUAUGAAUAUUUUUGUUAAAACUAUGCUUUACACGUAUAUCAUAUUUUUUUAUACUAAUGUUGAUUGUUACUCAAAU